AUGUUGGCUGACUGUAAGACGGUCCUGAAGUGUUUGAACAAUAAUGAUUUAUUAGAAAAAGGUCCGGUUUUUGUGAGUCGCAAUUUGAAUAAAAUACCUCGUUUGGAAAACAUUAUAAGAGUAAAUUUCUCCAGCCUGCGCAAUGAGGUUCGGGAGACAGCUCAAGUUCAACAUGAGCUGGUUGCCAAUAAACUUGAGGCUUGUAGCAAGUUGAUGCUAACAUGUCUUGAAAAAAUCGAUAAUUUGGCCUCAAACUCCAAAGACGAAAAGGUAAACAAACUUCCACAGGUUAAAAACGCUAUUAAAUCUGGUACCAGCAUUUUGCACAACUCAAACUGGGCUGACUCACCUAAUACUCCAGUCAACAAUUCAAAUCCAUUCAUCUUAGUUGAAGCUAAGAAAAAACGUGCACUUCCUGAUACUCCCCCUCUGACUAAACAAGCUACAAAAAACCUACUGUCAACAAUAUAA